AAGAGUAAUUACUUCCGGGGUCAGUUCUCUCCAUAUUUAAACAAGUUGUUGGUAAAACAUGUUGUAUUCCACGUGGAGUUAAACUUUUAUUUUAUUUUUACCAAUUGCAAUGAGUUCACAAAAAGGUAACGUUUCUCGAUCGCGACGACAAAGGCAUCAAAACAUCACUGCCUACAGGAAUGACCGACACGGAGCGUCUACACAAGUAAAGAAGGCAAACUCCAAGAUCCACGAUGGACUCUGUCAACACUGCAAGGGUGUUCUCGAGUGGAAAGUGAAGUACAACAAAUACAAGUCUCUAACACAACCCCGGAAAUGUAUCAAAUGUUGUCAGAAGACGGUGAAGGAUGCGUAUCACAUCAUUUGUAAGCCAUGUUCCCUUCAGCUUGACAUGUGCUGCAAAUGUGGAAAGAAAGAGGACAUUGUCAUCCCAGUUAACUCGCAUUUGGACCAAGAAGAAAAGGAACAGGAAGACCUCAAAGACGGAGGCACAACGUGCAGAAAGAAGGACGUGGGUACCUUGGACAGUGAUGAGGAUUAUGACGAGGAUGAUGAGGAGGACUUUGGUGAUCUUGAGGAUGAUGACGACUGUGACAGUAAUGCAACACCAAAGGGGACACACAACAAGUGCGUUCCACUUCCCGAUAUGUCCAGAGUGAAUGUUACAGAGUAACGCUAACUGGACGGGUGGACCCUUGGGCAUGGAUGUGAUUUGGUAGGCAUGCAGAAAUGUGGUUCCACUGUCAGCAAUGGCGAUGUUGGAUCAUACAUGUUGCAGAACAUAAAACAUGUACCGUAUUUUUCGGAUUAUAAGUCGCAGUUUUUUUCAUAGUUUGGCCGGGGGUGCGACAUAUACUCCGGAGCGACUUAUGUGUGAAAUUAUUAACACAUUACCGUAAAAUAUCAAAUAUUAUUUAUCUCAUUCGCGUGAGACGAAGCAAAUGUCAGCAAUCGUCACACACACACGUCAACCAAUAAGAAUUUGGCGGGGGCGGGUCACAGCAGAAGUGCAUUGUGGGUCAUUGGAUGCUAACUGCUGCUAUGUCCGUAGCUAUUAAAAUGGAUCAUUUCUACAUUGGCGGUAACUUAUAAAAACUGAGAAGGGCUGAACAAAAAUGGCACUGAAAAGGAAAUCAUAUACUGCAGAUUACAAGCUGGACGUAGUGAAAUAUGCAGCAGAAAACCGCGAUCAAGCAGCAGAAAGAAAGGAAGCGGCGCAUACCAGGAGCGACAACGAGGAAGAAGAUUUCAUCGGAUUUAGCGAUCAGGAGUGACAGAUUGUUUGGUAAACGUAUAGAAUGUUCUAUAUGUUAUAGUUAUUUGAAUGACUCUUACCAUAAUAUGUAACGUUAACAUGCCAGGCACGUUCUCAGUUGGUAAUUUGUGCGUCAUAUAACGUACACUUAUUCAGCCUGUUGUUCACUAUUCUUUAUUUAUUUUAAAUUGCCUUUCAAAUGUCUAUUCUUGGUGUUGGAUUUUAUCAAAUAAAUUUUCCCCCAAAAUGUGACUUAUACUCAAGUGCGACGUAUAUACCGGUAUGUUUUUUUCCUUCUUUAUUAUGCAUUUUCGGCCGGUGCGACGUAUACUCCGGAGCGACUUGUAAUCCGAAAAAUACGGUACACGUGCUGGACACUUCAUUAGAAUCAUCUACAGUUCUUCCAAUACAGUAAAUAUACAGUACACAUUCUUUUAAUGCAGUGGAACCUCCGUUUAAGUUUUUGAACAGGGUUCGUAAAUAGAAAAGUUUUUAUAAUGAAGCAAAAUUCUCCAUAAGAAACAAUGUAAAUAUGAAUAAUGGGUUCCAGCCUGGACAAAAGGCAUAUUUUAGUGAAGGUUUGUACACUUUGAACACAGUAUAAAGUGAUAUAGAGUACUGUAUAUCGCACAAACAUAACAAGGAAGUGAUGGAUCAAUGUUCUCUUUAACAAGACAAAACAACAACAAGCCACACACUCACAGAAGUUCCUUUAGUGUCUUCACCAAGAUCAGAAACCACGAAAAUAAAAUUUAAAAACGUAAAACCCGCUUACAUUAACAUCGGCAAAGGAGGAGCUGACGAGAAAGGAGUGGACAGAGGGAGAGAAGGGUAGGAUCGGAGGUAAGGGGGCCACGUGUGUGUGAGCGCUUGAAAAAGGCGCCGCUGAAUGAGAGGCGACUCUUUUCUCCCUCUGUGCAAUAAGUCUGCUUUGGCAUCCUUUUCCAGAAAUGUCUGGUCCCAUCACAAUUAAAUCUUGCUGUGGUACAAAACCUGCUUCGCCCAUUCUUCCGUACUUGAGAGCCCUAUAAAUGUAUUCCUUGCAGAUAGUCUCCACAGCGAUUCCCUCCUUCUUUCCACGAUGGUCUGUUGUAUUUUUUGGGACUCAUUGAGUUAGCAAAAUGGACAUUACUUGUCAAAAGGCAUUAAAAACCACAGACAAAGCACACAUG